AUGGUCUGUGUGACUGGCAAGGAAACGAACAAACAGGGCGGAGCCGCAGCGCUCUGCUCGCCAAAUGACUGCGUCAGCCAUGAGGCGGUUGUUUCAAGCGUUGCAUUUAGAAAGCCAGCAUACCAUAUCGCCAGCGCAUCUACCGCAGCGUGGGGCUCCCUCAUUGGAUGUAUCCGCGAGCUCUCUCUAGCUGCGUGCGCUCUUACUUCUUUCCCUGGACGCAUCUCGACUUCCCAUCGCAAGGGCAUCGCCACUCCACUCUCCCGAUUCUUCUAUUUCAAGCUUCCAGAUCCCUACUUCCCGUGCUCCACUGUCUCCACCCAGAGAGCUCGGGACUCCCCCACAGCUAUGGCUGAGCCAACCGGCGACAACAACACCAAGCAUGAGGCUGAGCCAACCCCUGAGAUCCCAAAUGGUUCAUCGCAGCCAACCGUCGAGGCCUCUGUAAAGGAUGCCUCCACCACGACCACCGCUGUCCCUGCUUCCGAGGCCUCUCCCAAGCCUGGAGCUGCAUGCAAGAAGCACACGGAUAGCAAGUCCACUAACCAGAAGAAGAAGAAAAAGAAGCGCAGCGCCAAGAUCUCAGAUAGCGAGUCUUCCUCGUCGGACUCUGAAGGCACCUCGGGCUCGUCCAGCGAGACGGAGUCCGAAAAUGAGGACUCCGAAUCUCUCACCUCCGAUUCCGAUAGUGAGAAGCGCAAGCGCCAGCGUCUCCGCAAGACGCGCUCCCGCCGGGCCCAGAAGAACAAGAAGCGCAACAAGAAGCGGAAGCAGCGCUCUCGCCGCGCGGUGUCUUCAGAUGAGAGCGAGACCUCAGAUGCAAGCGACGAUGACCUAACGCUCUCCAAUGACUCGGACUCGGAGCUGGACGAGAGACUGCUUCGCCGACUUGCAAAGAAGGUUACGAUGAAGCGGCGUAGCAAGCGCCUGCGAGACCAGAGCCAGGACGGCACCAACUCCGAAGACUCGGGUAACGAGACCAGGCGUGAGCCACGGUCGAAGAAGAAGAAGCCUGCUUCCAAGGUGGCUUUCAAGCGCAUUGACCAACUCUGGGACAACAGCCUCCACCGGUUCCGGCUCUCGGAGACUCUCGAGGAUGAGUAUGCCGACCAGUACGACCAGUACAUCUUUACCGUGCGCCGCAAGUUCAACUGGGAGAACAAGUACCAGGAGACCGUGGUCGACAUCAAAAGUAAGCCUCUCCGUGAGGCACUGGCCAAGGUUAUGGACGGCGUGAAGGGCGUCAGCCUGGUCCAGGAGCCUGCCAUUGUGGAUCCGAACAUGUUGUUCCUGUAUCUCGAGGAAACUCGCCAACACAUGAAAGAGCUGAAGAAGCAGUCUCGCAGCGACAAGAAGCGCAAAGCCCGCAAGGCUGCUGCCACAAAGGCUGCGCAUAUGAAAGUCCUGGUCAAGUACCUGGACACGGACUAUGCGGACACCAAGAAGGCGCUUUACCCUCUGCUGGAAGCCAACAUGAUCACCUUCGACCUACUGUGGGCCCUGUACAAGCCCAACACGAUCGCCUACACGCAGACGUACGGGAACGCCGACGAGCCCCGCGCAUUCAAGAUCGAGUAUGCCACCAAGGAGUCGUCAUUCAUGAAGGGUCAGUGGUACAUCGUCGAAGGGCGCUAUCUCGAGUACGACGGCAAGGACUUCGGGUUCGGCACCAUGAUGGCGGAGGUCGACGCGUUCAAGGGCGCUCGCAAGAUCACCAGUCUUUCCUGCUACCCCCUGCAAUAUCACCGGGACCCAGAGGCUCUACGCCAGCGACUCGUGGACCGCGGCAAGCGGUUUGUCGCGCUGCGCGGCAUGAACUACCGCUACCACAAAGGCAUGGCGUUCUACAAGAAGAAGCGCACUUCGGUCUCCAAAGUUAACAUUGAGAGCCGAGUCAUGAUUGACCCUGCGAUCCACCGUCGCAUUAACCCGAACUACCCGAUUAGCACGGUCCGGCCUAAGGAUCCCGACCUGCUGAGCCCCUUGGAAGCCGGCAUGAGCGAUCUCGAGGACGACGGGAGUGACGCCGGCUGCUGCUGCGGGGGGUCAGACACGGAUUCCGAGCACGGGCACGGCGGAGGACCCUCCGAUGCGCCGCGCACCGUGUACAAGGUUAUCGAGAGCGAGGAUGGCACUCCGCGAGUCGUCGAGGUGGAGGUGGACGAGAACGGGCACGAGAUCCAGAAGGAAAACAUGGAUCCGAUCGAUGGCGCGGCCGGUGGAGCACAGGACCGCGAGUUCACGGAGGAGGAGCUACUAAUCGCCAGUCCGGUGGUCCUUGGCUUUGCGUUCUCGGAAAAGAUGUGGUUGGAGUUUACCAUCUCCGGGGUCAGUGAUAUCGAAUGGGACAAAGAUGCGUUCGAUUCGCUAGUUCUGCCGGGCACGCAGAAGUCCAUCGUCCGCGCCCUGGUUCAGUCGCACACCUUCCAUGCUGCGCAGAAUAUCGACGACGUGAUCCAGGGUAAGGGCAAGGGGUUAGUGGCUGUGCUACAUGGCCCACCGGGUACGGGGAAGACUUUGACAGCGGAGGGUAUCGCGGAGCUGCUGCACCGCCCAUUGUACAUGGUCAGUGCUGGGGAGUUGGGGACAGACUCUCGGACUCUGGAGGCGGAGCUGACGAAGAUCCUGGAUAUUGCGCACUCGUGGGGCGCGGUGCUGUUGCUGGAUGAAGCAGACAUCUUCCUGGAGAAGCGGACAAUCCAUGAUAUCCACCGCAACGCGCUGGUCAGCAUCUUUUUGCGGAUGCUGGAGUACUUCCAGGGGAUCCUGUUCCUGACGACGAAUCGAGUGGAGACGUUCGACGAUGCAUUCCAGUCCCGGAUCCACGUGGCGCUGCGGUACGGCGAGCUCGCCGCUAAGGCGAAGCGUAGCAUCUGGAAGAUGUUCCUGGAGCGGGUCAAUGCCAUCGAUGGUGUUUCCACUGCCGUGUUUACGGAUGGGGACUACGAUAAGCUAGCGCGCCACACGCUCAACGGUCGACAGGUACGUCCCAUAAUCAAAAACUCAGUGCGCACCGCCCAAGCUCUCGCUGUCAACGAGGGGACCCCACUUUCCAUGGACCACAUCAAGCGGGUGUUGGAUGUUGCUGAGACCUUCGACCAGGAUCUGCACGGUGGAACGGGUUACCUUGAUGUGAUGCGAAGCUAUACCUAG